AUGGCUUCUGCCAUUACGAGGGAGAAUGAACCUUCACCGCGUUUGGGAGUUGCUCUUACAGAGAAUACCCAUUUUUUUUCGUGGGUGAUGCUGACGAGCAGUAUUGGCCGUGUGGGAGUUCGUGUUAUUUUUGCGUUUUUAUGUUUAGUUGUUUUAAUCUAUAUGCAAUUCUUAGCCGGCGGCGAUGGAUCAAUGCUUUCUUGUUCAGCAACAUAUUUGUUCUGUUGUUUUUUUGGCGGUGUUGUGAGUGGUCUUCCUCACACGCUUUUGACGCCUGUGGAUCUUGUUAAGUGCCGCAUGCAGGUUGGAGAAUACGAUUCCGUGUUGGAGGGAUUUCGUACCAUUUAUAGGGAUGCUGGGAGCUCACUUUUUGGUAGUAUAUCAUUUUUCUACCGCGGGUGGGUCCCCACUUUUUUUGGCUAUUCCCUCCAGGGGGGGUUUAAGUUUUUUUUUACGAAAUGUUUAAAUGUAUGUUAA